GCCCAACCCGGAAACGAGAGAAAGGCAUAUGACGGCGGCAAGAUUAUCGAGAUUAAAUGUUGAAGGCGCAUUGGAGUGUGUUCAUCUUUACUGUAGACAUACACGGAGGUUAGCGGAAAACAGGUUCCCAGUUGCAUGUGACGGUCACCUGUUAGCCAGGCCAAGAGGAGUAGCAGCCUGUCCACACCGACACAGCCCAGUCCUAUUCUAUUCAACUACAGGCUCCAGUAUGAGUAGUAAGAAGCUGCUGGUGGAUGUGGACUGUGGGGUGGAUGAUGCUCAGGCUAUCAUGAUGGCACUGGCCACCCCUUAUGUAGAGGUCCUGGGCAUCACCUGUGUCCAUGGCAACACCAAUGUGGAGAAUGUGUGCAAGAACACGCUGCGGGUGCUUCAAGCCUGCAACAGACUGGAGAUCCCAGUAUUCCGUGGUGCUGCCAAGUCUAUCCUGGGGAAUGUGAUCAGUGCGGGACACUUCCAUGGCCAGGACGGGUUGGGGGAUGCUCCAGACCCAAACGCUCCGGGGCUGGACAUGCUGCAGAUGGAAGGAGCGGUAUCUGCACUGAUCCGGAUAGUCAACGAAAACCCUGGAGAGGUAUCUCUGGUGGCCACGGCUCCCCUCACCAACCUAGCUCUGGCUGUAAGAAUGGAGCCAUCCUUCCCCAGCAAACUUAAAGGCCUUUACAUCAUGGGAGGCAACACAGAGUCCAGAGGAAACACCACAGUGUGUGCAGAGUUUAACUUCGCUGCCGACCCGGAAGCAGCUUACAUCGUACUGAAUGACUUCCUGUGUCCUACUUACAUAGCCAGCUGGGAGUUCACCUGCUACAGCAAGCUGCCCUGGUCGUGGUGUGAUGACUGGCUGGCCCAGGAGUCAGAGAAGGCUCGCUUCAUGGCCCAGAUCUUCCGCCACAGUAUGGAGGAGUCGUACAGUGAGCGCUCCCAGGCGGAGAUGAUUGACGGCAUGGGCUUUGUGUCAUGUGACUCCUACGCCAUGGCGGCAGCUAUCGACAACACCUUUGUCACAGAGAGCGACCACAUGGCGGUGAGCGUGGAGCUGACGGGCACACACACGCGUGGCAUGAUGAUCCUGGACACACUGGGCAUGCUGAAGAAGACUCACAAGGCCUUCGUCAUGAAGAAGGUGAACAUGGUGAGGUUUGAGCAGAUGAUGAUGGACGCUCUGAAGUAAUCUCUAGGUCUGCUACAGCUAACCACUAGACUGUAGAAGUAAACUAACCACUACACGUGAGCAGAUGAUGAUGGACGCUCUGAAGUAAUCUCUAGGUCUGCUACAGCUAACCACUAGACUGUAGAAAUAAACUAACCACUACACGUGAGCAGAUGAUGAUGGACGCUCUGAAGUAAUCUCUAGGUCUGCCACAGCUAACCACUAGACUGUAGAAGUAAAAAAACAACUACGGGAACGCUCUAUGGGACCGUAACCAGGGAAAAGUGACAACUCCAACCUCAACCAGUCAGCCCAAGAUCGUGGACGUUAAGGCAGCCCCCAACACCUCUCUGAUUGAGGGGUUGGGUUAGAUGUGGAAGACACAUUUCGGUUAAAUGCAUUCAGUUGUGCAACCCUUUUCCCUUUUACUGUAUUGUCAGCUCACGUUGAUGUUAAGAAUCAUGCCUUGUCAUUUAGAUAAACAUUUUUAAAUAAAUCGAUUGAGUUACAACUCAUACCAGCA